AUAACCGACCAUCCAGACGAGCAGUGGGGUAAUUAUGGAUUAUCCCGCCCGAACCUUCAGCUGCUCCAGAGCCUCUGCAAUCUUUAAUCUACCCACAUAGUAGGAGGGUUGAGAAAUUCCUGGGAAUGCAGCUUCCCAGAGGAUCGAGAUGCUGGUCACUUUGGAAAAGGGGGCAGUUCAAGUCGGCCCUGCCCGCAGUUAAAGGCAGGAUUCCGAUCACGGCCACCUCCCGGCAGCCGGUCCAUUGGCUGUUGGCGACUGCCCCCACGGGCUUGACUGCUUCUGCGUUUAACGGCAACAAGAUAUGGCUGCAGGUUGGCGACACCCUCGACCGACGGGACAUUCAACCGCAGGAUGAAGUGGUCUGGAACCGGCCUCAGAACCGGGCACGAAGACGAGCCAACCGCCAACCGCCCCCGAGCCGCGGCAACAUGGCACCAUUCGACGUCCUCCAGCCGCUGGAAUGCCCGUGGAUGGCAUGUUUACACUCUCGCAGCUCGCCUGCCGCGCCAUACAUAUCCACGUACAUACAUCAACAUGCUGGUAGCUUGGCUCCCAUACCACCGUGCUUGAUGUACCGAUCCUUCCCUCUCCACACAGAUAAUUCACUUCCCAGACCGGUCCUCGUAUCGUUGCUACUUCUGCAGGAGCAACGCACCUCUUUAAUAGUUGGUGCGGAGAGUGCAGAAUGCGGUCACUUGAGCCUAUUCAUGACAUGGAUGGAGGUCACCUUGAGGGCCUGUCUUGGACCCACAACGUCCAUCCUGCUUAUUCCUUGCUCUCCGACUUUCUUCCCAACUCUCCGUUGCCCAAUAUUCUACCUAUAUAAAGUGAUAUAGAUGUGGCUUAUGGCGAUCGUCUCUUCCCCGGUUUGAUCCAUCACCUCACCCAGAGUCUCUGACGCUCCGGGUUCCCAUUUCACCAAGAUAUAUCAGGGGUCUUAACUAGAAGGUUGGCUUGUGGAGACAACCCAAGAUGCCUCCAAUGAUCCAGAAACUCUUCUUGGCGGCCGCCUUCCCUCUGGCCGAGUUGGCACUGGGUCAGACCAUUGAGGUCGGCGGCAAGUCCAUUGACGCCAAUGAAAGAAUGGUGGCACCGGCAGUCUCG